AAAAAAAAAAAACUGACGCAUUUCAUGCUAGCCAAUUUUCACCCAUACCUCUGGCAUCGACACUAUAUUUUUUUGAAAACUAGCUUUAAAUUUCAAAACAUUUUCAUUAGGACGUACGUAAGAAUAGAAAUGCCAAAACCUGGGUUUUACGCCGUUAAAGUAGGGAGAAAGCCUGGUGUUUAUACUACAUGGGCUGAAUGUGAAGCUCAAGUUAAAGGAUUUCCUAAUGCUUCCUAUAAAAAAUUUUUAACACCCGAAUUAGCAAAGGAAUUUAUUACCCUAAAUCCCAGUGGAACACGAAAGCAGACUGUCGAUUCUGCUCAGGACAGAAACAUUCAUUCCUUGCCAAUUAGAACUAAUCGGGGUUCUUAUGCAGCUUGUACUUCAGUUAUAACUUCUACUUCUGAUAUAAUAGCAGAGAAUCCAAAAAUAACGUACAGCGUAAACCACUCGAAAGCGAGCUAUUAUGCUGUACACAAAGGAAGAACACCUGGAGUGUACAGAACUUGGACUGAGUGUGAGGCUCAAAUUAAAGAUCUGAAAAAUGUUUCAUAUCGUAAAUUUGAUAAUGAGGCAGAUGCUGUUGAAUAUAUGAAUACGGGAGGCAUAGUCAAAGCUAGUAAAAGAGAAAUUAGAAAUUUGAAUUAUGAAAAUCGUGUUGUUAAAAAAAGGAAAUUCAAUGACAGUGAAGAAGACAAGUAUGUUCUUGCUGAUCCUGAUGAGGAAGUGGUUGUGUUUACAGAUGGAGCGAGUACAGAGAAUGGCAAAAAGCGCUCUCGUGCUGGAAUUGGAGUAUAUUGGGGUCCCAAUCAUCCACUAAACACUAGUAUGCGUAUAUCAGGGCGACAAACUAACAAUCGAGCUGAAAUUUGGGCUGCAAUCCAUGCAUUGCGCCAAGCCAAGCAGAUUGGUGCAAAGAAGGUAAAACUUUAUACCGAUAGUCAAUUUCUCAUUCAUGCUAUCACUGACUGGAUAAAAAAGUGGAUGGCUAAUGGUUGGACUUUAACUACAGGGGAAAAGGUUGUAAAUAAGGAUGAUUUCAUAGCGCUUAACUCUGCUUGCAAAGACCUCAAAGUGGAUUGGGUUUAUGUCAAGGCACAUGCAAGAAAUCAUGGGAACGAGGAAGCCGAUAAAUUGGCUGUGGCUGGAGCUAGGAAAAUGCUUGACCCCACAACAAGUUGCAAUUUUCAAGCAUUGGUUCCUGAUGAUAUGGCUGAUGAUUGGGAUGACUGGGAUACAGAUGAUCCUUUCUUAGUCGUAAAUGCCUUGAACUCAACCCAAGAGAUUUUGCCUCUAGUCCUUCCUGAUGAUACUGCAGAAAAGAGACCAUUUUAUGCUGUGCAUAGGGGAGAAAAAACAGGUGUUUACUCAACCUGGGUUGAAUGUGAGAAACAAAUUAAAGACUUUCGGAACCCAUCAUUUCGAAAAUUCGAUACCAAAGAAGAAGCGGAGGAAUUCGUCAAGACUGGAAAGAUUCCUAAAAAAGAACUUAAAAUUCCAGAAAUUGCUGACGAUGAAUAUGUCACUGUAUUUACUGAUGGUGCUGCUUCGUCAAACGGGAAAGAAGGUUGCACUGCAGGUAUAGGAGUCUAUUGGGGACCUGGGAAUGCCCUGAAUACCAGCAUGAGACUUCCUGGGAGACAGACAAAUAAUCGUGCAGAAAUAUAUGCUGCAGUUCAUGCUCUCAAUCAGGCAAAAAGACUAGGAAUUAAAAAUGUCAGGCUUUAUACUGACAGUCAGUUUGUCAUCAAAGGCAUAACUUCCUGGAUCGUUACAUGGAAAGCAAAGGAUUGGAAAAAUGCAAGUGGGAAGACUGUCAUCAAUAAAGACGAUUUUAUAGCCUUGGAUAAAGCUCGCGAAGGUUUAAAUGUAGACUGGCGGUAUGUUAAAGGCCAUGACAAUAACCCUGGAAAUGACGAGGCGGAUAAACUGGCUGUUGCAGGAUGCAGCAAACCUUUAUCUGAAACAAUGAUUUUGAACUCCUAAUUUUUCAUAUUUUGCUCAUUACUCACACAAUUUUUAUUCUACAAUGUCUCUCUUUUGUGUAAAAUUUGAUCAGAUUUGACCAAGAAUUUCUUAUAGUGUGGAUAGGGGUAAAAUAUAUUGAUAUAAAAUUUGUUACGAAUGUAUGCAUAGUCAUAUGAGGCAGUGAGAAGCAAAGGGAUGUAAGUGGAUAUUUUCGAGUUUUUAGUAAAACACGUUCAAAGAUAAGGUCCUAGGUAGGCUUUCAUUGAUUUUUUUUCUAAAUCAUACUGUAUAACAGAAUCUACCAGGGCUACUAGUACUAUCACUUGCCCCAAGACAGAGGAGAGGUUCACCUACCUUUUGUAAUGGUUACCUCCAUUUUUUUUAAUUUUGGCACUUACAUCCCUUUGCUUCUCACUGCUGCACAUGUCAUUACAGGGUAAUGAUACAUUUUGAAAUGAUUUUUUUAAGUUGAUAUUUAUUAAAUAUAUUUAAAGAAAAGUAUUCCCUCCUCCCCAGUUUGUCAAUUUUCCUUUUCAAAACUGAUCAUAAAUUUUAAAUUGUGAAGAAAAACUGCCUGUAUUUGCUCAUAUCAUCGUCACCA